AUGUGGAUUACUCUUUUUCUCGUCACACUUGUAUGGUUUCCUACGACCCAAGCUGUUGUCUUAUAUCCAUAUAUUGUACUGUCUUUGACUCUUUCACUUUGUCUCUCUGUCUCUCUGACAGACUGUGUACGUGUCUUCAGCGAGUGUCAAAACCGUGUAUCCUGGACCAGGUGUUACGAGGAAACAAUUGGAAGCUGUAGAGCACAAACCCGUUCACCAAUGCAUAACUUCUUUUAUCGGAGGGUGAGCACGUCUGAAGAGGUUGAAGCGAGUCCCACUCAUGAGCACAGCGUUCACAUCCCAGCCUCAGCUCUCCAGAGGAGCAGAGGAUCGGUGUCUGAGGGGGAGGUGCAGCUGGUGGCCACUGUGAUCAACAGCUCUUAUUUCAAGCUGAGUCCCCCGCGGAGAUCAGGACGCAGGAGAUUGAUCAUACCAGACCAGUCUGUCCACAUGCCAGGCACUAUCCUAGGGGAGUUAGUCCUGGCAGUGAAGGCAGGGAGCCAUAAUGUCGCAAUCACAAACCUCUCACAACCCAUCAAAUUAAUCUUCAAACACGACAAUCAGGUGGGAAAUGGAGCUUGUGUGUUUUGGCAGGAGUCAAAGUUAAAUGAUGGAACAGGUAAUUGGAGCACAGACGGAUGUGGUACAACUAACACUGGGACUGAAUUUAUCUGCAGCUGUAACCACUUGAGCUUCUUUGCUGUGCUUGUGAACCCCGUACUGUCAGUGGAUAAAAGUGAUGCUGUGAACCUCAGCUAUAUCACCUACAUUGGGUCAGCACUCUCGGUCUUCUUCACAGUCAUCAGCUUGAUCAUCUAUAUAUGUCUACAACGGCGGCGUCCAGAAAAGGCCAUCGGUGUGCAUUUGCAACUAACAGCAGCGCUGCUCUGCCUCCACCUCAGCUUCCUGCUGUGCAGCUUCUGGGUGUGGCAGCUGAAUGAGGAUGAGGAGGACUGGGUUUGCCGGGGUCUGGGUCUCUUUUUACACUGGUCCCUGCUGGCCACCUUCAGCUGGACGGCUCUGGAGGGAUUCCACCUCUACCUUCUGCUAGUCCGAGUCUUCAACAUCUACGUCAGGAGAUACCUGCUCAAACUCAGCCUGGUGGGAUGGGGUAUUCCAACUUUCAUUGUAUUGAUUUGUGGGAAUACAGGUGUUUAUGGCAAAUACAGUCUGGAUCUGAGGGAUGCCGACAACUACAAUUCAACAGCGCAGAUAUGCUGGAUGAGAAGCCAGUUCCCACAGAGGCUUUUCAUCAGCUAUGCCACCACCGUGGUAAUCCCAAGCCUGGUGAUACUGUGUAAUUCCUGCAUGCUGGGGCUGGUGGUGUUUAAGCUCUGGGGGCUCAGGGUAGGAACUGUAGGCAUUGAAAGCAGCGGUGGCUGGAAGAAGAUGGACAAAGAGAAAUGGAUGAAGUUAUGGAAGGACUGUGCCACGGUACUGGGCCUCAGCUGUGUGCUGGGCAUACCUUGGGCGUUAAUGAGCACCACCUACUUCUCCCUCUCUGGAAUCUACAUAUUCACCAUACUAAACUCCUUCCAGGGAGUAUGUAUGUUCCUGUGGUCCGUGGCUUUGAGCUGCAAGUCUCGAUCUGACAAUAACUCCUCCAGAGACCCUUCCUCUCAGAAAGUGAUGACUACCAGUUUCAAUAACUGAUAUUCACAGCUACAAUAUAUUAUCCAUUGUCUAUAUUAGGUGAUACUGGCCUUUGUAUUCCAGUCAUAUCCAGUUAAAUGAUAACUAACAAUAACUUCAUCAGCUCAUGUCUUGCAAACUUCUUUACAUUUAACAUGCAUCGUGAGCAGUAACCCCUUCUAAUUAUUUAUUGUUACUACAAUUAUGAUUCUUAUGGUUACAGUAUUAUCAGAUAUGGACAGACUAAUAGUAUCUUUGGUGAAUCACUGAAUACAAAAAAAUCUCUCACUGUCUUUUCUGCAAAAGUGAGUAUUAUAAGUCAUGAUAAGUUAUGUUAAAGCAGCGCCUACACAGUGAAACCUGACCAAGUGUUGCCUGGAGGUGUUGGUCGCUCCUAAUUUUAUUUUAAGGCUGAACAGAUGUUCGUUACAUUUGAGAAACACCCUCACAGAAACCGUGCUGUGGCCCUGAGGUCUAAAAACACAACAUUUCACUAACAAAAACGACACAGUAUGGAUGGAAACAAGCUCAUCUUUGUCUAGUAUGACAGUAUGUAGUGUCUUGUUGGACUCCCUGGCUCUCUGUUUCCUGAAAGGUUAGCAUUGCUAUGGCCAAUGCAUAUACUGUAUGUAAGAAGUGGAUGUAGUCACUGUGACAUCACCUAUUGUUUGUGGACUACAGUUUUGAACCCUCGAGUUUGGCAUUUUGGCUGUCGCCAUCUUGGCUUUUGGCUGUCUCU